AUGCGGGCGCUCAGUGCGAGGAUGUUCGCCUUCUACUUCCGUGCUCCCGUGAAGGCCUUCUUUCGGGCUCGGGUGGAUUACAUGGGGUAUGCGCGCGCGAUCAACCCGCGAGUCCAAGCUGGAGAAAACUGGUCCUGGCGCUUGACAUCUCCGGCCAUUCUGGCGCAUGCGGUCAAGACUCACGGCUGGGGCUUCAUUCCGAAUCAACUGCUACCCCCACUACUCGCAAAUACCGCGGUGGGAGCCGUCUUGUACACAUCCUAUCUUAAUGUGUUAGGCCUGUUGCAUGAGCCCUCUUCCCGACCAACGAAGCGAGUGUACCCCCCGCCGCCGAUUAGCACCGCUUUUAGUGCCGGUUUCAUCGCCGGUUCGAUCCAGAGUCUCAUCGCGGCGCCUCUGGAUGCGCUGCAGGUGCGCUUCCAAGCCGCGGAGAUGAUGGAGGGCAAGUACCGCAAUAUGUGGCACUAUGCUUUGGAUAAGACUCGAGACAUCGGUCCGCGCGGGGUGUUUGCUGGAUGGACUCUGUCGUUCGUUCGCGACGCUUUCGGAUUCGGAGUGUUCUUCGCCGCGUUCGAGUACGUCAAGGGGCAAUGUUUCUACGGUUUCGUUAGCAACGUCUACGGCUUUUACGACAAGCUGUCGCUGUUCCAACAAAACCGGAUUGAGGCGCAGGAAAAUUACCGUGGCCGCCGUCCGGAGAUCAAACCGCAUUACAUGCUGGAGCCUACCUUUCUACUUCUCGCAGGGGCAGCGGCAUCCAUAUCACAAUCGACCAUUCAACACCCCAUCACUCGUAUCCAAGACGUGCACUACGGCCGAUUGGAAUGGAUCGAUUCGCACAGUGCAAGCAUCCCGAGAACAUCCAGACUCAACACCCUCAAGCUUUAUGCCUCGGCGUACCGAAAGACGUUCAAGGAAUGUGCUGCUCUCGGGAGGAGAGCGGGAGGUCUAAGGCGGUGGCUAUAUGCCGACUUUCUUCUGGGCACUCUGCGCCAGGUUCCUAGCACGAGCGCUGGCUUGAUUGUUUUUGAGAUUCUGAGGAGGAAGUAUAGCAAGGACGAGGAGGUGGUGCGGAUCCACAAGGACGGCUAUGAUAUCUUGCUGGUAUGA